AUUACAUGGAGGGAGUCUUGACACGUCGCGUCUUUUUCACUAUCGUCGUGACCUCACUGUUUUGGUUUUUCUCCGCCACUUUCUACAUCGUGGUCGUCAACCGAUCUGGUGACUCACAGGCCGGCCUUGUGGGCAGGAAGCUCGCGGCGCGUGACGUAGACGGGAGGGAUGCCGCCCAGUCAGUGAAGUUGGGACCUGAGGAUGACGUAGAGAAGCAGGCGGGCUACACAAGACAUGGAUUCAAUCAGCUUCGAAGCGACCGAAUAGCGCUCGAUCGUUUCGUGCCGGAUGCGAGGGAUCCGCUGUGUAAGACGAAAUCUUACCCCCAAAAUAUGCCGUCGGCCAGUGUUGUAAUUAUCUUUCACAACGAAGCUUUUUCGACUCUCAUGCGGACGGUACACAGUGUGCUCAAUCGCAGUCCUCCAGAACUCAUACACGAAAUCGUUCUAUUCGAUGACUCUAGCUCUUAUGAGGACAUGAAGGGAAGACUGGAGAAUUACAUUAAAGCGUUACCGAAGGUGAAACUUGUUCGUGCGACAAAGCGGCAAGGAUUGAUUCGAGCUCGUCUCGGAGGUGCCGCGGCUGCAAGUGGGGAGAUACUCGUGUUCUUGGACAGUCAUUGUGAGGCAAAUGUCGGGUGGCUGGAACCGCUCAUCGAACGAAUACACGAGGAUCGUACGCGAGUCGUCUGUCCCGUCAUCGACACGAUCGAUCUAGACACGUUCAACUACGAAGGAUCUCCGCCUCUCGUUCGUGGCGGCUUCAGCUGGCAGUUGCAUUUCAAGUGGCGACCGAUACCGAAAUACGAGUUGGAAAGAAGGAAAGACGCGACCACAGAGAUCCGUUCGCCGACCAUGGCGGGCGGCCUGUUUGCGCUCAACCGGAAAUAUUUCAACGAAAUCGGUUCGUACGACGACGCGAUGGACAUCUGGGGAGGCGAGAAUCUCGAGAUUUCGUUUCGUGUGUGGCAGUGUGGCGGUGCGUUGGAAAUUGUUCCGUGCUCACGUGUCGGUCACGUGUUCAGGAAGCACCAGCCGUACACAUUCCCGGGCGGUGCAGGCAACAUAUUGGCGAAGAACUCGAUGCGAGUCGCCGAAGUCUGGCUGGACGAUUACAAGAAGUUCUUCUACGCAACGCAGCCGGAUCUCACCGGCAUCAGCUACGGAAAUAUCACGAGUCGCGUGGAAUUGAGAAAACGGUUGAAAUGCAAGCCGUUUCAGUGGUUUCUUGAUAACGUGUAUUCGGAGCUUCGUAUACCUGACAAAGACGUGAUUGCGUGGGGCGAGUUACGGAACCCGGAUAGUGCGUUGUGUCUUGAUACGUUGGGACGCGAGGACGGCGGCAUCGUCGGUGUCUUCUUCUGUCACGGAGGUGGCGGGAAUCAGGGAUUCUCAUUGACGAAGGAAGACGAGGUCCGACACGACGAGAACUGUUUGGACGUGGCGAAAUAUGGCGACGAGGUCAAACUGUUGGAUUGUCACGGUUUGGGAGGAAACCAGAAGUGGGAGUAUACCGACAAACACACGCUCGUUCAUUUCACGACGAGACAGUGUUUAGAUAGAGUGAAUGUGGAGAGCGGAGGGAACAUGCGGGUGGCUAACUGUAAUGGUGGGUCGUCGCAGGUUUGGAAUUUUUCGAAGUUCCAGCAGAGCACGGAUAAGACGAAGAUGUGAUGCUAGAGUGCGUGACUAUAUUUAUGAUUUCGUGCCUUUUGUAUUUACUAAAUGAAAUAAUUGCUUUCUUGCUGAAAUAGUCGGACUUUUUCAGAUUGCGUACUACUUAGUUAAUAUUAAUUAGUUGUAACAAAGCGAGUAGGCAAUAGUUA